GUAGACAAGUUGGCUGUUUAAACGUUUUCUUUAAAGUGAUUAUUUCAGUUGGCAUUCUGAGUGAAAAAACACGGUGUGUGGAAAGUCGAUGCAACUUUUAACCAACUGCUGUCCUGAACCGAGCGUGGAGGCGGGCUAGGUAUCUCCACUUGCGAGUGGUAGCAGCAAUACAGCUUUAAACCGGUCCACAAUGCCUUGCGGUGUCCCAGUUCCGUUACAAUGUAUGUACCAGGCUGAGCAUUUAACAGAGCUGGAGGUCUGAGCAGCCCGUGUGUAACUACCCUGUACCUGGAUCAGAAUCCAACACUGAGCAAGCUACACGAAAACAACUUCACCGUCGCCGCGUUUGAAUCGCGUCGCUGACAGACUAUUGGGACAACAGCAACUGUGGAACUACUCGCUGCCCAGAUUUGGGGUGCUGUAGUGGAGCUGGUGGAAAAGAAACGUAGUCUUGCUUAUUCCCAUGCUGAAGAAGAAGACCUAGGACACAAGCGAAGUGGAGUGGAACACACAGCGGGCUGAAGGAAGUGUAUGGUGCACCUCGACGCUGCAUCUGUAGGCAGAAUGCGAGAGAGAGCCCUGCCAGGAGCCCCGACAGACGCAUCCCAGGUAUGACAUCAUCACCACCAUCACCCAGACGAGCGGCAUGAUGACAUCAUCACCCAGAUGAGAGCCAUGGAGCUGAAAGUGUGGGUGGACGGCGUCCAGCGCAUCGUCUGCGGGGUCACCGAGGUCACCACCUGCCAGGAGGUGGUCAUCGCUCUGGCACAGGCCAUAGGGCGAACCGGGAGGUACACGCUGAUCGAGAAAUGGCGGGAGACGGAGCGGCACCUGGCGCCGCACGAGAACCCGGUGGCCUCGCUCAACAAGUGGGGCCAGUACGCCAGCGACGUGCAGCUGGUGCUCCAGCGCACCGGGCCCUCGCUGAGCGAGCGGCCCACCUCCGAGGGCAUGCCACCGGGGGUUGGCGGUGGUGGGGUCCCGCCGCGGGUGCCCGAACGCGGCCUCUACCGCCAAAGCCUGCCGCCCCUGGCCAAGCUGCGGCCUGCGGGACUCUCCGACCGCUCGCUCAAGCGGCGCGAGCCCAAGCGCAAGUCGCUCACCUUCACCGGCGGCUCGCGGGGCCUGCGUGACAUCUUCGGGAAAGGCCACCACCAACAGCAGCACCAGCAGCAGCAGCAGCAGCAGGGCCACCACCACCACCACCACCACCCACUCCACCACCGCGCCGCCACCCCCAUCGCCCACGCCUACCAGCCCGGCUCCGUCACCCUCACCCAGGCCAGGAACGGGGCACUCACUCCCAUCCCCAUCCCCAUGGCCGCCCCCAGCCCCACGCAGGAGCUGAGCCGCCUGGUGCACCUGCAGCAGGAGAAGCUGCGCUCGCUGGAGAGCUGCCUGCAGAGCUGCCAGGCCGAGAUGCAGGCCUGGAUGGACACCGGCAACGCCAACCAUGCGGACCACCACAGGCUCAAGGAGGAGGAUGAGGAGGUCCUGGUGGAGACCGAGGAGGAGGUGGCCGCGGCGGAGGAGGAGGAGAGGCGAGCGGCAAUGCGCGAGGACGAGGAGGAGCAGGAGCUCCUGCGUCUGGAGCAGCAGCUGCGCAGGAACGAGGCGGAGAUGCAGGAGGAGGAGUUCUGGGAGAACGAGCUGCAGAUCGAGCGCGAGAGCGAGCGGCAGCUGCGGGAGCAGCUCCUGGAGCUGAGGGCGCGCGUGGGGGAGUGCGAGGCGCGGCUGUCCGAGUAUGCCGCCCGCAUCCAGGGCAUGGAGGCCGGCCUGGAGGCCGAGAGGCUGCAGCAGGAGAUGCAGGAGACGCGGCAGGCCAAUGAGGAGGAGCUGCGUGUGCGUCUGGAGAAGGUGAGGGGGGAGCUGGAUCUGCAGGCACAGCACACCGCACGCCUGGACAACAGCUGCAGAGCCGUGGACCGCUCACUAGGACAGUCCAGCAAGAGGCUGCAGGAGAAGGAGCAGGAGCUGGAGCAGCUGACCAAGGAGUUGAGGCAGGUCAACCUGCAGCAGUUCAUCCAGCAGACGGGCACCAAGGUCACCGUGCUGCCCGCCGAGCCCACCGAGGAGGACACCGCCGGCACCGACACCGGCACAGAGCAGACUGGCACAGAGUCAGCUGACCCCAACCCCCCCCUGAAGCGCCUGGGCUCGGGCCGCCAGCUCCCCAAUGACCUCCGUGCCCUCCAGAGCCCCCACUCCUCCAGCUUCAACCCUGAGGGCAUCUACGUCUGACCUCCCGCCCCGGCCCGCCACCGCCCCCCUCCUCUCCAACACGUCAUGUGAUGUGAUGUGAGGGGGACAAACAAAUAAUGUGUGCGGUGAGGUUGGGUUUGACGAUGAAGGUGAGGGUGCAGUACCGGUAACUUUAGCGGGGGAAGGAGAUCAUAUGAGAUUCCCCUCUUUGAUGUGAUCUGGCUUUUUUUUUUGGAAGACGUUAAACGAAUGCUUUGGGGCGCAGACCAUGAAGAUGUUGAUGGUGAUGGUGAUGGUGUGCAUGAGCCGUGCCAUGGAAUCUACCAGAUCUAACCAGCCUUGCCCAGAGACUACCUAUCUGGGCACAGAUUCCGCAGCAUUCAGCCCCUUGUUUUUGGGAGGUGGGAUUCUCUCCUCCACGCAUCUCCAACGGUCCCAUCUCUGGAAUAAAAAAGUGUUUGUAGCAUUGCUGGCCGGUUGGUGGCAGGUGUUGGCCUCAGCGACUUGGGAGGGUUUUCCCACUCUGUUGGGGAUUCUCUGGAGUGUGGCCCACCCACCCAGGGGAUCAGGAGCAUGUGAUCCACCCUGGGAAAAAAAAAGAACGAAAAACAAAAAAGACUCGAGUUCUCAUCUUUGCUGACUUUGUCUUGUGAUCCAGCGAAUGCGCUCUAAGCCUUUGGUGUCAAACCCAGCCUGGAUUCUGGAUCAGUGCAGGAUUUCAAGUAAAACCCGGGGUCUUCUAUUAGCACUGCUGACACACUGCAUACAUAUACUAUCACACCGAACAAAAACAAGGAACUUGCAUCCGUGGCUUUUGUCGCACAUAAUGAUUGAUCUGAUAAAUCCUUUAAUCAUAUCUAUUUUUAUUUUGUUUUUCUUUGAUUUUCUUUUCUUUUCAUUACUCCUCAUCAUAUAAUUAUGAUAAUCUGUGCAUGUAGAGUAUUACAUGUCGCCUUAUUAUAUUUUUCUGAAAUCAUAAAUUUGCUGGAUGGUUGGAGUGGUAAGGAAGUGUCUUCAGACAGACAAACUAGGACACAGCUGUGAUGUUUUCCAUUUUUUCAUGUUGAUAUUGUGGCAGCUAAAUCCAAAGACCUCCAAAUGAAGAUGUCAUACUCACUUAAAUGACUUAACCAUGCUCUUCUGUCAAUCUCUGCUUUUCUCUGUCUUUUUACAUACUACACAUGUGCAUGCAUUCACACAUGUACGGACACACACACACACACACACACACACACACACACACACACACACACACACACACACACACACACACACACACACACACACACACACACACACACACACACACACACACACACACACACACACACACACACACACAGACACACUUUAUAGCACUGAACACUCUUAACAAAGACAUCCAACUUCUCCAAUUUCUCUGCAAGAAACUUUUCUGUCACAAACAGGCAAUUCUUAUCCUCAGUAUUGUUAGUGUUGCUUUUAUUUAAUAUUUUUUGAAUACUGUAUGUUACCAUAUUGAGCAAAGCACUCACAAGCGUAUGUAUGCAAAACUCCCUGUGAUGGGCUACAUUACACUCCAAAUCAGCAAAGCAAGUUUUUAUUUUUACUUUUUUUGUUUAUUUUCCUCUCAUAUCAUUCGCAUUUGGAGCCUGUGGACCCUGGGAUCAUACACCACACAUAUACCAAAGCCAACGACUCCAUGUGGGUAGAGCAGACUGAUUGUAGCCAAUCUUUAAGUGUACAAGUGUAUAGUAUAGCGUAGUCAAUGAGUUACCAGACAAAGCUCCAUUACUUUUUGAACAAAUUCCAUAGAAAUGGUGCCAAUGACCGGAUAGGAAAACCUAAAGUUGUGCCCUUGAGCUGUGGACAGACAGAUUUGACAUACUACAUAUCCACAUAUAUACACCCAAGUUUACAAUUUUUUAGCUCCUAGUGUCCGGAUGACAGGAAAGAAGGCUGAACACAUUUAGCCACAUAGCGGAGCCACAUUUGAAUUGCCAUGCUGUCCCCUUUUCAAAAAAAAAAUUCAAAUGAACGGAACAGCUUGACCUCAACAUCCGAGACCUCAUUUCAAAACUAGAGUGAAGAAAGUGGGAGUUUUUUAUUUAGUGAAGUGCUUGUUACCAAUUGGCUAGCCAGGCAAGUACUCAUCUGCACUUCCCUGCUGGUCCGUAGUGUAGCUGUGCUGCUUUUCACAACCUCCUCAAAAAAAUGAUGAUGAUGAUGGUGAUGGUGAUGAUGAUGGAGAGGGCUUUGUUUUGGCCUUUGAUGUGAGCGCAGUGGAACACAGUAAAUUCUGUGGUGUUAAUUCAACACUUUGAGAGUAUGGCCAACACUCUGUAGUGUUAAUGAAAAGAUUUCGGUGGUAGGUAGCUGACUGCAUUAAAGUCCAAUUGCCUGACAACUAAACGUCUUUUGGUAACUGUAUGAAUGAGAGUCUUGGCAGACACUACGAGAGUUGUAUUCAACUCGAUCAGUGUUGAAUUAACUCUGUAAAAGGUUGCUGUGACCCUGGUCCUGGAUACCCGUCCCCUUGCACGAACAAACAGCUAUCUCUCACUUGAUGCAACAGGAGACUGACAGCAUGCCUUACUGAAAAAUAAUGUGUAAAUAUCCAGUACAUAUCACUUAACUUAGCAAAGACAAAAAUACAUAUUUUUAAUGUUAAAUAAUGCACAAUGCUUUUGUUGUAAAAUAUGUUAAAGAAUAGCUAAUAUGAACUAACUUUUUUAUUUUUGUUGUUUUAUUGGAGGCUCUAUCGGGCAGUUCGCUCUCUCUCUGCAUGCACUGAUGAUUUUGAUUGAAGUUUUGAGUUGGAAGAGAUUGCAGGUGUGUGUGUGUGUGUGUGUGUGUGUGUGUGUGUGUGUGUGUGUGUGUGUGUGUGUGUGUGUGUGUGUGUGUGUGUGUGUGUGUGUGUGUGUGUGUGUGUGUGCAUGUGUGUGUUUGUGUUUGUGUGCGUGUGCGCGUGCGCGUGCAUGUGUGCGUGCAUGCGUGCGUGUGUGUGCGCAAGGUGUUGAGUGAUUGUUUCUUUCUAGCCCUUGUUGACAUGUAGUACUCCGACUAUGCAGUGAAAACACAGUAAGCUCUUUCUCAAUGGAGACAAAUCAGCCAAAUUUCUAGUGAGACUAAGAAUUGAGAAAUCCCAGCGCAAACCAGACAAAGACAUUAAAAACAUCAAGAGCUGAGGCUUAUGUCUCAAUCCCCUGCCAUUUGAUGAUGUGAAAUUAAAAUGAUUUGAGGUGGACACAUAAAGGGCAAACUUAUCCCCUGUCCAGUCCGCUAUUACUUUUCUGUCAGUGAGCCAUACAAAAAUCUAUAACAUUUAUGGAAGGAGUCAAACAUCAAAUAUGAUCUGUCCAUUUUAUAAUAUAUUGUUUUGAAGUAAAAAAAAAAAAAAUGUUUGACUUAUUAGAGAUGUCCCAGUUAAUGCUUGAGCUAGAUCUGAAGCUGUAGCUGAACCAAGUAUUGUGCCUUUAGAAUGUCUGGUAAAGCCAGUAGAACCCCUCCCUUUUGGCAUGUGGGUUUGCCAUGUAAUGACAAGUGUUCCAUGUUGGGAGAGGAUUUUGUUCAGAACUGAUAUGUGAAAUCAAAGACUAAUUGGCAAAUUGCUGAUUACCCUGAAUUAGAAGACCAGGGGAAUCUAAUCCGUUUUGUUCCCCAAAUCUGUUCCAAGGAAUGCCCACUGAUUUGUCCACAUCAAUUCUGAAGGAGUUUCUGUGUAUAUCUUCUGGUUUUGAUGAUGUGUGCUAUUGUGUUUUUAGUCCCAAAGUAAUGACUUUUAAAAAACAUUGCAAUAUUUUCUUUCGUGCUAGAUGUAGCAGUUUCAACGAACAAUGGGGAUAACGGCACAACAUUUGCUAGAUAUGCAUUGCUUUAGGGAGCUAGCUGGGAUGUUGCUUACUUGUCUGGGAGGGGUGGGGGUGGGGAUGAGAGAGGGUUGAAGAAGCAUGUGUAGUGAUCUAUUAAAACCCUCUUGUCUUUUAACUAAAUAUUAGAUAUCUGGCCAUCUUGGUAUGAGAGCAAGCAAUAAAAAGGGGUGAAUAUGGACGGGACGUGAUCGAAACCAACAAAUGAAGUGAAAAUUGUCAAGUGCCAAAUUAACACACAAAUACAGUCAAAAGUUUUCCUCUCGUCAACUGACACUCUUUCAGUACACAACAAAAUGGAUUCUAUCCAACUGCCAAACUCCCUGUAUGUGGGGUUUUGAAAUAUGGAAAAAUGUGUAGUGAGGAUUUGCUUUUCUUUUGUUUUUUAAAUAACCUGUGACUUGGUGUACAAAGAAGCGUUAUGUCCACAUGCCGUGACAGACUGGACCCAAACAAUCAAUUAUCUUUGUUUUCAUUUUUUUAAAUUGAUGUCAAAGUUUUGGUGAAAAUGCCAAACGUGAGUGUGUCGAUGCCUGGAAAGAUGAGGUGGGGUGGCAGGGCUGCCACAUUUGGGAGAACAGUACAGCAAAUUAUUCAUGGCAACAUUGUUACGAGCUGCUGUAACUCUGUACAAUACAAAAAUAAACUUUAGAAAAGUGCUCAAUG